AUGGACGUUGAUCUUUUUGACGAUAUACCGUGCGAUCUUCUUUCAAUUACCAACGAAACGUUUUUCCAGUUAACACAACAACUAGCGGGUGACAUUGAAGCAGAUAUAUUAAAAGUACAAGGGAUAAACAAUAUUCAUUCACUCUUACGAGCAAAAGAUUUAUUCUUAAUAUUUCAAUUGGAUUGCGAUGAACUAAACAAUUUAAAAACGCGUGCAUGUUUGAAAUUGAAAACUGGUGAAUAUAUUAUUCGACCGGGGAUCAAACAAAAUCUUGAUUAUUGUAUAAGUUUAUUUAAAAAUAAAAUACAGGAACAACAUCAACAACAAUUAACGGGUGAGUUACUAAUAUCAACAGUAACUUCAAUACCAAGGAAUGAUGCAGCACACUCGUUUUUAAGCACAUUUAUUGAUAAUAUCAAUAAGAACACGCGUCGUUCGAAAAACAAUUAUCAAUACGAUCUGCAUGUUCGACGUUUUGCUUCGUGUGUUUUCACAUUAGGUGGUCGUAAUGCCUAUGAAUUUUUGAGAAUAAAUUUGCCUGGUGCUUUUCCAUCUAUAUCGGCACUUGAAUCUUAUGAUAAUGAAUUUUAUUCAAAAAUAGAAGAAUGUGAUUUUCGUUUUGAUGCAUUGAAUAGAUAUUUACAAUCAAUUAAUUGUAAAUUUGCAUAUUCAUCUGAGGACUGCACUGGUGUUGUUAGUAAAAUUAAUUACGAUGUUAAUACCAAUUCUUUUACCGGUUUUUGUCCAAUACUUCAUAACGGUAUACCAGCACCUCGUCAAUAUCAAACCGAUAAUUUUUUUCAAUUAAAAGAAUGGUUUUCAACAAUCGCUAAAUCAACAUUAGUUAACGUUCAUAUGAUUGAACCAUUAGCAACAUUAGGAACCAAAUCGUCGUCAUUUUUACUCUCUGCUUUUGGAACUAAUAAUAAAAUAACUUCAAUUUCAAUUAUUCGUCGUUGGAUAUAUAUAUAUGAUCAAUGCUGUAAUAGCAAUAUUAGAAUUAUUGGUUAUUCAACGGAUUGUGAUCCGAAAUAUUUAAGAGCUGUGCGUCUGGCAAGUGGUUAUUUUGCACAAUUACCCAAUAUUAAUUUGGUAAACAAAGCCGGUGUUUUUAAAUUAAACGUUCCAUCGUCGUGGUCGUGGUUUUAUCUUCGUCCGAUACAACUGUUUCUCUUUUUUCAAGAUCCCAUACAUUUGGCCACAAAAUUAAGAAAUAGAUUAUUAUCGAAAAAGGCACAAUUGAUGAUGGGUACACAACACAUCACAUUACAGCAUCUUCAAGAUCUAGUUGAAAAUCGUUCUAAACUGGAUCAUAAUUCGGUGUCAUCAGAUCUAUUUCCGAAAGAUAGACAAAACUUUGCUUCUUGUUUAAAGAUAGCAUCAAAAGAUGUUUUAAAUCUCUUACGUGCUUCAGAAGAUGAAACAUUUGCCACUUACUGUUAUCUUUCCG